CCCAACUUCCACGACGGACCCACGUCGUGGCGCAGUGCAUGCGUCCUCACAGACGCGGUGCAGAUUCUGGAUCGAUCCAGACUGACUUGUGUCAGUCUGACGACGCUGUGAAGCGUCGAGGAUGGUCAUAACCAUCCUCUACUCUCACGAUUCAGUGAGAGCCCCCGGACGCGAACGCGCCCGGGCCCGCCGCAACAUGAGUUGCGCAAGGUCUUCCGAUCUGCACUUUGGUGUACACCGUCGGCGCGUGCGCGCGCUAGGCGCUGGAUUGAGGACACCGAUCUACCGUCGAUGUCACAUGAGUCCAGCGGUGCUGGGCUUCCGGAAAGCUCGAAUUUUUUUCCACUCUGCGGUACUGUAUUAUUCCUGCCAGAUCGCACAUAGCUUAGUAGAUAUGCCCGGUUAGCGCUGUAUUGGAUGGGUAUAGUAUGUACUCAAUGCCACCUCGAGUUCGUGAAUGCCAGGA